UAUAUGUUGAAAUGGCUUGCCAUAGGUUUGCUCUCAAUAGUGGGGCAUCUAGAGGUACACUGCCAGUGCCUGCCCUUCACAUGAGCCCUUUGCAAAGAGGUCACUCACAUACACACUGGAUGGACUGUUAUAUGCGCUACAAACGCACCUGUGCUCUCUGUUCAGCGCACUGGCUUAUCAAAGUGUCAUCUGAGCGCGCGCGCGAGGCAGAAGAGGAAUCGCGCGAAGAAAAAGAGAGCACCUGUGCGACGUCACUCUGCCCUACUUUACUCAGAACUCCACGAGCGAUUUGUACUUACUUCCUCAAACGGCUCAAUCACUGAAGCGAGCAGGCGUCUCAGAGAAAAGUCCGCUUCUUCCGGAGGAGAGGCUGUGCCUGAGGGGUUGCCAUGGCCCCUUUCCUGAGGAUUGCGUUUAAUGCCUAUGAUCUUGGCACAUUCUCGCCAAUGGCUGAGGCACCAUUCUGUGCCGUCAAAAUGAAAGAAGCUCUCAGCACUGAGCGAGGAAAAACAUUGAUCCAGAAGAAGCCCACCAUGUAUCCUGCUUGGCGAUCCACUUUUGAUGCACAUAUUUAUGAGGGACGUGUCAUACAAAUACUACUCAUGAGAACCGCAGAGGAACCUUUAGCAGAAGUUACUGUGGGUGUGUCUGUGUUGGCAGAACGAUGCAAGAAGGCAAAUGGACGUGCAGAGUUUUGGGUUGAUUUGCAGCCUUCAGGAAAGGUUAUGAUGGCUGUACAGUUCUUUUUGGAGGAUACAGAUACAGACUGUCGUCAGUCAAUAGUGUCAGAAGAGGAGGCACCAACUCUCAAUCGUCGUCGUGGAGCUAUUAAGCAGGCAAAGAUUCACUUCAUCAAAAACCAUGAGUUCAUUGCCACUUUCUUCAGACAGCCCACCUUCUGCUCUGUCUGCAGAGAUUUUGUUUGGGGUCUUAACAAGCAAGGUUACAAGUGUAGACAAUGCAAUGCAGCCAUCCACAAGAAGUGUAUUGAUAAAAUUAUCGGAAGGUGCACAGGCACUGCAGCCAAUAGUCGAGACACUAUGUUUCAGAAGGAGCGUUUUAAGAUUGACAUGCCACAUCGCUUUAAGACCUACAACUACAUGAGCCCCACCUUUUGUGACCAUUGUGGCAGUCUGCUGUGGGGUCUUGUCAAACAGGGCCUCAAAUGUGAGGACUGCUCCAUGAAUGUUCAUCAUAAGUGCCAGACUAAAGUGGCCAACCUGUGUGGCAUCAACCAGAAGCUACUGGCAGAGGCUCUUACCCAAGUCUCAACUAAAUCCACCAAGCGACCUGAAAGCAACUCACAGAGCAACACACAGGAUGUUGGGGUUUACCAGGAUUUUAAUAAAAGUCCUGAUAUUAGUGAUGGGGCUCCUUAUGGUCGUCUGUGGGAGGGUUUGAGUCCUCGUCCCCCCUCUCGAAUCACCCACCAAAUGCGUAUCACUGCUGAGCAUUUCGUUUUCCACAAAGUCCUGGGCAAGGGAAGCUUUGGCAAGGUGCUGUUGGCUGAACUAAGGGGCACUGAUGAAUGGUUUGCAGUGAAGGCGUUAAAGAAGGAUGUGGUGUUGAUGGAUGAUGAUGUGGAGUGCACCAUGGUAGAAAAACGAGUGCUGGCUCUCGCCUGGGAAAAUCCGUUUCUUACACACCUCUACUCCACUUUUCAAACCAAGGAGCACUUAUUCUUUGUGAUGGAGUAUCUGAAUGGAGGAGACUUGAUGUUUCAUAUACAGGAAAAGGGGCGUUUUGAUCUGUACAGAGCCACGUUCUAUGCAGCUGAAAUAGUGUGUGGCCUGCAGUUUCUCCAUUCCAAAAGCAUUAUUUACAGGGAUCUCAAACUGGAUAAUGUGAUGUUAGAUGGAGAUGGUCACAUAAAAAUAGCUGAUUUUGGAAUGUGUAAGGAGAAUGUGUUUGGGGAAAAUCGGGCCACAACUUUCUGUGGAACUCCAGAUUAUAUUGCUCCUGAGAUUCUUCUGGGUCAGCAGUAUUCAUUCUCAGUAGACUGGUGGUCGUUUGGUGUGCUGGUGUAUGAGAUGCUGAUUGGUCAGUCUCCAUUCCACGGUGACGACGAGGACGAGCUGUUUGAAUCGAUCCGAAUGGACACACCUCAUUAUCCCCGCUGGAUCACAGUGGAUACUCGAGACAUGCUCGAAAAGCUGUUUGAGCGUGACCCAUCACGCCGUUUAGGGAUUGUGGGUAAUAUACGAGGCCACCUGUUCUUCAAGACUGUCAACUGGUCUGUUUUAGAAAGGAAAGAAGUUGAGCCCCCCUUCAGACCAAAAGUGAAAGCUCCAAAUGACUGCAGUAACUUUGACCGGGAGUUUUUGAGUGAGAAACCCCGUCUCUCACACUGCGAGAAAGGCCUGAUCGAUUCCAUGGACCAGAACGCUUUUGCUGGGUUCUCAUUCAUUAAUCCAAAAAUGGAGCAUCUUGUGCAAAAGUGACACACUUACAAUGUGGUCAGAAAGAAAAAGAUGUAUUAUGUUCAUGUGAUUGUAGUAUUGAGCCAGUUUAUUGCUCUAACCAAGCCAACCAUGAGCACUCUCCUAACUCUUCCUUUAAAAGAACUGAACUCUAACUUUCUGAGAUAAGACAGGCCCUUUGUAACCUAAUAUAUAUUUCGAGCCUCCUCAUGGUGCAUCAGUGAGAUUGCGGUCUUGUUGCAUUUUAGGGUGCCCCAAUCUGAAUGCAAUUUUUAACUUGCCCUUGCAAAGUUAGGAUGUCUAAAAAUAACUUUGCUGGGUUAGUACAAACUUGACCGUUGAAUGCAGGGAGUGUGCUCGAAGUGUACAAAACAAAUUAGGUCAGAGAUUAUAUACAAGUAUUGUUUAAAUCAGUAUGUGCAUGAUACAGUCAUGGAUUAUGUUGUACAUUUCUGCUGUGAUCUGUCUGUUCUCUUUGUGUGUGUGGGUUAAUUAUGUUUGAACAAAGGAUCGACCGGAAUUUGUUGAAUGUGUGCUUUGUAAGUGUUGAAUAUAUUGUGUUUUAAUUAGUUUGAAAACAAUGUGUAUAUCUGGUACAGAAACAUAGCUAUCUUAGCUCUGAGAGUGUCAUCUGUUUGUGUGUUUUAGUGUGUAUAUUGCUGCAUAUGUUUUUAUUAAAUUAAGAGACCACAUGAUCAAAUGCCGUACAUGACUCUGUCUUAGAAUGAGAAAUUU